AUGGAGCUGUUUUCUCUAGCUGGCAAGACUGCUUUAGUCACUGGGGGCACUCGCGGUAUUGGCCAAGCUAUCGCUACAGGGCUUGCUGAGGCCGGUGCAGAUAUUGUCCUUGUCCAGCGAAAUACAGAGGAAAGUGUCACAAAGCAGAGCAUCGAAGCUCUGGGACGCAAAUGCCACAUUAUUGUAGCAGAUCUGAGCGAACGAAGCAGUGUACAUGACCUCAUUACUUCCGUAACUGAGGCUCAUCGUAUUAAUAUUCUCAUCAACAAUGCAGGCAUCAUGCGGCGAUAUCCCGCAACUGAGAUUUCACAGGAGGUGCUUGACGAAGUGAUGGAGGUCAACUUCAACGGCCCCUUUAUUCUGUGCCGCGACAUGGGCAGAUACUGGAUCGACAACAAGAUCGAUGGCAGGCUCAUCAACAUUGCCAGUCUAUCCACAUUCCAGGGAGGCGUGAGAAUGGCUGCGUAUUCGGCCAGCAAAGGUGCCGUGGGCCAGCUAACGAAAGCUCUUUCUAACGAGUGGGCGCAGCACAAGAUUCGCGUCAACGCAAUUGCACCAGGGUAUAUCGCCACAGACAUGAAUACAGACACACGCAGCAACCCAGAUCAGACAUACUACCAGUCUAUCGUGACACGCAUCCCCAUGGGACACUGGGGAAAGCCGGAGGAUUUCAAAGGACCGGCUGUGUUCCUUGCUUCUGACGCAAGCUCUUACGUGUCUGGAGAAACGAUUGUGGUCGAUGGCGGGUGGAUGGCGCGAUGA